UGACUCAUGCUUUGGCCAAAGGAAUUAUGGUCCAUUUGGGAUUGGACUCAGCAAGGGAAGGGUGUGUGCGUAUAAAUGCACAUGCAACAAGUACAAAACAGAGAAACUUAAGCAAGACUUUAGGACUUCACAACUGAUUUUGAGAGUUCACCAUGUCUCAACAGGGUGAGGAAGAGGAAGUUAAGAGGCCUGAGGUGAAAGCAGAGGAUUUGAUUGGAGCCAGGGAUAAACUAGCAUUUGGAACAGAAGUGAAGAGCAAGACCUUUGAGGUGAUGCAGGAAUGCGAACGAGCCGGGAAGGUCGCGCCAUCCGUCUUCAGCAAAGUUCGCUCCGGAUCUGAGACUGCCUUUAACAAACCCAGCAGGGGAAAGUAACACUGUGGAACCAUACACUCAACUUUGUUUCACUGAAUCUUACAGCUAAAAACAUGUAAGGUGUAUUUCUAAAUGUAUCUAAAGCAUUAACACUGAAAAUAACGCAGUAGUUUUUAUUUGAACACAGUACAAGAAUCACCGAGUAACACGUGGUUAGUUGCGUCACAACCGCUAAACAAUAUUAAUAGUUUUUGAGGCUGAAUGCAAAGCCUGAUCUUAAGAACACCAUAAAAUAUAUUUUUCACUGUUUUUCUCCAAUCAUUUUCCCCAAAUGAAAAAAAAGGCUUUAAACAAAUAAAACUGAAUGGUACUUUUUGACAAAUAUCCUUGAAUGCUACUUUUAUCUAUAUGGAUUCAGACACCAGAAUACCUGGGGGGGGUUUGUAAACCAACAAACAAAAAAGUUGUUUGUUGAUUUAGUUUUAUAUUGGAAAUGUUGAAUAUUUAAUUUUGUGUGGAAAUGAAAUAUUUCUCAAAAUAAAUCAGUUCAAUCCCA